AUGGGGUGGUGGCAGGAUGCUAACCCCACUCCCUUCAAAGGUUCUCAGCCUUGGCCAGGUCUGCUCCUGCUGUGCUGUUUCCGAAGCCAGCACCUCUCCAGCCAUCUCUCUCCACCACUGUGGCUUGUGGCCCCUGAUCCAAUCCACAGCUGCCCUGACUCUGCAGCCUCUGUGACCAUGGUUUCAGCAGCAAUGGUGGCAGUUGCUCUACUUGGAAAGCCCAGGCCAUUCACUCCCAGGUGUCUUGCAGAGGUUGCGGCGAGAACAGCACGCUACUCUGUGUCCUACUGUGCUGAGCCUCUGUCGGUGUCACUGUGAGGUGAGAUAGUUGGAAUGGCCACAUCCAGCUCACUGGACCUUGCAGAACUUGCUGAAAAGCAGCAACGGUGGUGCAAGCUGUUUGUCCAGGAGUCUGGGCCUUCAGGUGAAAAGUAUAGUGUGGCAACCCAGCUAUUAAUUGGAGGGGUCACUGGAUGGAGCAUGGGUUUCAUAUUCCAGAAGGUUGGAAAGUUGGCUGCAGCAGCUCUGGGAGGAGGAUAUUUUCUCCUUCAGCUUGCAAACCAUACUGGGUACAUCAAAGUUAACCUACAACAAGUAGAGAAGGACAGGAAGAAAGACAAGGAACCGCUGAAUGUCCAUAAGAGCAACCACUUACCUAUGGAAAUAAAAAGCAAAGCUGAGGAGAUGGUGUCAUUUGUGAAGAGUGUUCUAGUGACUGGGUUUUUAGGAGGAUUUCUGCUUGGCAUUCUAAGGAGGAUGACUUAUUGUUUCCCCUUUUUCCAACUAGCAGCCUCUUCUUUCCAUCUUUGGAGAGUAGACUUUCCAUCUAGUCUACUCUCCUUCCUCCUCUUCUCCUGUGCCUUCCUCCCUGCUUUAGCAUAUCGGAAUGGCUUCUAUAGGCAUCUGUUGGUACAAAGUGAUAACGACCCUACUGUGAGCCUCAUAACAACGACGGAAAAGAUAAUAGACAUUAAUUCUCCUCCAAGAACACUCCCCGUCUGA